AUGCCAACGAUAGACCCUUGGAAACCUUCGAGCAAACCAGGAUUGCCAACACAUUACCGGGAAAAGCCAAAACUCAACGAAUAUGGCUCAUUGGGAUCGUCCAGAAACCAGAAGUGGUGGCUCUUCCCAAAGAAAAAAUUGGGCAAACUCCUUUCAUUACUAGUGAUCUUGUACCUUGGUUACUCGUGGUUUACGAAAUCUCCAUCGUCUGCUUCCUCUUCCUCUUCGUUCAUCAACACACCUCAAGCCAAUGUGGCGCGUCAAAACAAAGUCAAACAAGUGUUUGUUGAGUCGUUCGAUGAUUAUGCCGACCACGCGUGGGGCACCGACGUUUACAAAACCAUUAGCAAAACUGGGAAGAAUAUGGGUCCCAAACCGCUUGGGUGGAUGAUCGUUGAUUCUUUGGAUACUUUGUACUUGAUGGGAUUGAAGCCGCAGAUCAAGAAAUCCCGGAAAUGGGUCGACGAGGUAUUGGACUACGACAUGGACUACGAAGUCAACACGUUUGAAACCACCAUUAGAAUGUUGGGGGGAUUGUUAUCGGCGUACCAUUUGUCGAAUAACGAUAAAUUGUACUUGGACAAAGCGAUUGAUUUGGCCGAUCGGUUAUUGGGAGCGUUUGAUUCUGCCACGGGGCUUCCUUACUCCAGUGUCAAUUUACAUACCGGACAAGGUAUCCCAUCGAUGAUCGAUGCAGGGGCGUCGUCGACCGCCGAAGUGGCGACUUUACAAUUGGAAUUCAAGUAUUUGGCGCAAUUGACCGGUAAUCCGGUGUACUGGGAAAAAGUCGAGAAAGUGAUCGAAGUGUUAUACAACGUGAACCAACCGACCGAUGGAUUGGUGCCGAUAUUCAUCCAGCCUGAUACCGGGAAGUUCAGGGGAAAUUUGCUCAGGUUAGGCUCACGAGGCGACUCUUAUUACGAGUACUUGUUGAAACAACAUUUGCAAACCGGGGAAAGAAUUUAUGCCCAAUUGUAUCGGGAAUCGGUCAACGGGGUUAAAAAGCAUAUGGUACGGAAAUCGGGACCUAGUGGACUAUCUUACAUUGGGGAACUUGAACAUGGAAUAAACGGGCAAUUCUCAUCGAAGAUGGAUCAUUUGGUAUGUUUUUACGGAGGGUUGUUGGCGUUGGGGGCCACCGAUGGGGAAACCGUCGAAGAUUACCGACGCCAUCAUCUUUGGACCAGUACCAGGAACGAUGAUUUGCAACUUGGUAAAGAAAUCACCAAAGCGUGUUAUAUGAUGUACCACCAGACGGAAACUGGGCUAGCUCCAGAAAUCGUGGUGUUCAACGAUGAUCCUGCUGCCAAUGGGGAUUUCUAUAUCAAGAGAAAUGAUCGACACAAUUUGCAGCGUCCAGAAACCGUGGAGAGUUUGUUCAUCUUGUAUCGUAUCACCAAGGACCCGAUUUACCGUCAAUGGGGGUGGGAAAUCUUUGAGAAUUUCGUCAAGUACACUAAAGUGCCGAUUGGCGGCAAAGGGUACGAUUCCAUUAAUGAUGUCACCAACCCAGACAAUGUGGGAUUCAGAAAUAACAUGGAAUCUUUCUGGUUGGCCGAGACAUUGAAGUAUUUGUAUUUGUUAUUUGAGGAGGAUUUCAACGUUACUCCGUUGAAUAAAGUGGUGUUUAAUACCGAGGCGCAUCCUUUACCAAUGUUCAGUCCGAAGUUUGCCACUGGUUGGAAGUUGGAAAAGAACUUGGGCAAUGAUUUUGGGGUUGAGCAAACGGUUAAUUUUGCCGGAAGAAACCGGGGUAAUGAUAGAGAUUCUCAAGGGAGAUUGAAAGAAGAAGAUGAUGGUAUGUAG